GCGAAACGAAAGUGAAAGUAGUUUUCGCUUGCAUGGCUUUUAUAGGAAACUGGGAUGGCCGUCCUAAGGACGACAUUAGACAUGAUUAGGAGUUCGGGGCUUCUUAUCUUUGCGCUUUUAAACUUACGUUUAAAUGGAUCUCAAUCUGUUGCUGAUCUUCAAUGGCUUCCUUGUCAGUUUGUGGAUGAGAAAGUUCAAAUGAAUGAAGAGGGCCACAUAGAGACUCAGUAUAUCCACAGAGAGGCUGUGAUCCAGUUUGGUAAUGAUGGUGAAGGUCCUUUAUACCCCACUAUAACCUUCCUUAUUACAGCUUUUAAAGUUGAAAUGAGGCGUUAUUUUGAGGGAGGGGAGGACUCAUUAAACUGUGAGAUCCGGAGACACAACACUGGAGGGAUUUUUAUGCGUUGGCCUGCUUCGGGAGCACAAGAGCAUGACGUCUGGUUCACCUGUACGUUACGUCAUUCUAAAAGCACCAUCACCACCUUCCUGAGACACACACCUUCUGCUCCUGUCAGGGGACAGGGAGACUCUCUACAGCGGCUAACAGUAAAUGAUAAAGACCUCCUGAAAACAUCAGCUGGGAUGGUUAUCCUGACACGGACCCCCUCUGCGGAAGUGGGCUUCCUGACUGAACCCACUCUGGACUGUCAGUUUGCUGUGGAUCACAAGCAGGCUAAUCUAACAGUGGAAUGGCGACUUCAGCGACACGGGGAACGCAGCAAGCUGUUUAGCUACUCCAGUCGCACAGGGAAAUCUGAGGGUACCGGAGUGUCCAUCAAAGCCAUCGGUGCUGGAAAUGCCUCCUUUAAACUUCCACCCACCAGAAAAACAUCCGAGGGCACAUACAUCUGCUCUGUUCUCAUCCCCCCUCUCUAUGGCACCCAUGAUAUCCCUGUUACCCUCAGCGAACAACCCCGCGUGUCUUUGAAUGUGGGCUCGACGUAUUCUUUGACACUUGGCGAGGACAAGAAGGUUGUGUGUGAUGCAGAGGGAUACUACCCACUGGAUGUAACCAUGGAAUGGUUACGUGAACCAGUCGGUGGUAGCCCUACACCUGUGUUUCUAAAGAAUGUUCUGUACUCCAGUCAUCGGGUUCACCAGGAUGGCACGUACUCUCUCUCAGCUUUUUUUCUUUUGCAGCCUGGCCUGGAGGACUCGGGAUAUAAGUACACUUGCAGGGUAUCCCAUAAGUCCUUGCUCACUCCCAUCCGCAAAAGCUUUAUUCUCUCAGUCACAGAACCUGACUCAACUCUGUGGUAUAUCACAGUCUUUGUAUUUAUAAUUGUGAUGUUAGGGAUUCUGUUUUGGCUGCUGCCUCAGUUUAUUGCUGCUCGAAACGCUGCAAAGAAGAGGUUCUGAGAGCUCAUGCCCUUGGAUUUCAGUACGGCGUCAUGGAAACCGACAACACAUCCUCCUCCUCUCACGCCUGUCUCUUUCUGCUGAUUCCAAGAUCAGGUGGUCUUCAUGGGAAAAGAGGAGUCGGGUGUGAAGCAUAUUUCCAGAUCUUACAGUUUAUGUCGUUUACAAAGGCUGUGAAGCCAUCACUAUUUUUUAGGCUCCCUUGACAGAAGAAUUAAAUGAGGCCUUCUUAUUAAAUCUCUUUUUAUAAUAAACAAUUUAGAAGAUUCAUAAAUCCUUCCUAAUGGACUGCCACCCUAAUUACCAAAACAAUUUAUGAAUCUUAAUUUAUACAAAUAUUUUACAAACAUUUUAUUUGCUUUAAAUGAAAACAAGAUAUAUAAUGUAAAUUGUAAAUUACCAUUCUAAUUUAUGUAAUUCCUUAAAACUUCUAUUCAAAGUUGAUUUCAUUCAAGAAGAACUCUUAUAAAUCUGCCUCUGCUGUUUGAAUUUUUUUUACUUUAACUUUAACUAUUUGCAUUCAUUUGAGAAUUGUGUUGACAAAAUAAAAUAUUUGGGAUUGA